GCUGAUGUGGGAGAAUUCGCCAGCGAAUGUCAGCUGAAUGGUUACCAACCUUCGAAGGUUUGGAGAACAACCACAUUCUGUCCAAUGAAGUGCCCUGCUAACAGCGUAUAUGAGUCCAAGAUGCGUCCAUGCCAACCGACGUGUAUCAAGCCCGAACCAAUCUUCUGUGAGGAUGAGUUGAUGGAAGGCUGCAAGUGUAAUAAAGGCUUCAUCCGAGAUGGUGAUUCGUGUGUCCCCGAGCAGUCAUGUGGCUGUUGGGAUGCAGACAAAAACUAUUACACGAUUGGUGAUGAGCGCAUAAGCUCCGACUGCACGACACUUUACAAGUGUAUCAAAGUAGGAUCAGUCGCCAAGCUAGGGUCCAGUGAGCUUAAACCUUGUGGCAAGGAUGCUGUAUGCAGACCUGGAGACAAAGGGGUAUAUACUUGUGGCUGCAAGAAAAGAUACCAAGGAGAUGGAUUCAAAUGCACGAAACAAUGCACAAAUGUUGCAAAGAGAUGGACGGGGGAUAAAUGUGUCAACCGCUGCGCUCCAGAGGAGAUCUGGGAUAACACCAAGAAGAUCUGCACACCGAGGUGCACCGAGUCUCAGUUAUGGAACAUCCCGACCAAACGAUGUGUAGACAGGUGUAAACCUUCUGACAUGUUGAAGAAAGGAGACUGUGUUGCUCGUUGUACUCCACCGAAAUCAUGGGAUCUCAGAUUGAAGAGUUGUACAGAAAAAAUCUGCACCUGCAAAUAUGUCUUCUCCAAGACGACCAACUCUGACGUCGCGUGUUCCUUCUCCAUUGAGGUGAAGAACGAAUAUCGAGGCAACACAAUUGUGUCUUUCGGUAGGAUGAUGGACCUGAAGAUGGGAGGUUUCGUUGUCCGACUUCACAAGGACGGAUGGACUAGGGUCAGUGGCCUCACACAAAGAAUGCCCUUUAACUUCAAACUCAAAGGCGGACAUACUCUCAGUGCCACAAAAUCUGGAGCCAACGACUUUAAGAUAUCAGUGCCAACCUGUUCCUUCGCUUUGUCAUUCGGUGGUCAAUAUGGAGGUAUUGUGACAUCUCUUGGCCACUAG